AUGGAGAAGAAGUCAUUGCCAGAGCUAAAGGAACUUUGUCGUAGUCGUGGCCUCAAAGUAGGAGGCAACAAACCAGACCUCAUUGCGCGUCUAAAUGAAGCAGAGGCAAACGUUGCACCAGCAACAUCAACUUCCACUACAACAACAACAACAGCAGCAGCAGUAUCACCAGCAACACCUGCAGCUAAAGUUUCAAAGAAGAAGAAGAAGAGAUCAGACUCUGAUUCGUCCGAUUCAGAGGAAGAGAAAAAGCCUGCAAAGAAGGCUAGAACUCCCAAGAAGGGUGUUAAACCCAACUCUCGCAAUAUCGUCACCUUGCUAAAGGGUGUUGGCUGUAAAUUCAACAUGUGUGGCGCAUCUGCCGUGGCCAGGGGUCACUUGCAAUGGGACGGUACUGACGAGGGUCUGGACAAGGAUGCCACCAAAGGUGACGGCACUCUGCUCAAGGUCAAGGGUCUCGACUGUGGUCAUACAUGGACCCCUACUUUGCGUGACAUUCUCGAGCAGACAGACUACCCAGGCACAGACUAUGAAGAUGGAAUGGAGAGCGCUACGAUUACCUGCCCAGAGUGUGAGUCGCCUGUCUACCUGACAAAUAUGUGCACUGGAAAGUUCCAGGAGGACAGCGGCAAGUUCCACAACCAUUGCACCCAGUGUAAAGGUCUGGGCAAGUGUAUUGGCGACUAUAGGAACAGCCAUUGUCCGAAUUGCAACAAGCACUACUUUGCAGGACUCUCGGGAUUCGAUUGCAGCUGUCGAAGCAAGGGACGUGGCCGAGGAGGAGGUUUCUUUGGCUUUGGUUCAGACUCUGGCUCGGAUGACGAUAGCUAUUAG